AUGUAUGUACAGUACAACAAGUCUGACAGCAUUCCUGCCUAUGAUGCGCUUACGACUGCUAAGCACGAACAAGUCCAGACAGGGCAGAGAACACAGGCAAGCAAGGUGAUGGGGGCGACAGUUGACACAGAGACGACAAGGUCCACUGUGAACAGUCAUAUGCGCAAUCAGCUCAGUGCGGAUUCCAUCAACUCAACACACUCUUUUCAUUCAAGCUCACGUCUUCGCAAGUUUGAUCUUCAAGCCGAGCUAGCGGCACAACUCAAGAUUCAUCAAACUUUGCAGUUUCGCAGCCAUUUGUUAGAACUGAACUACAAGAAAGUAAUCUUCUUCUUGUCCCUCAACCCUUGCUGA